UCGGGCCCGUCAGUGUCUCUCGCGGCCUCGCACAGAGAGCAUCUCUUAGCUCGAGACGAGACUUACUCGUUUGUUCUUUCCUCUUGCGUUCCAUCGUCGUUUCCCCACUACUACUUUCCUGUGUGUUUAUAACCUUACCUUGUCCUCUCUCUCUCUCUCUCUCUCUCUCUCUCUCUCUCUCUCUCUCUUUCUCUCUUUUCUCUUUCUCUUUCUUUCUUUUUUCUCUUUUUCUCUUUCUUUCUUUUUUAUUGCGUGCGUGCACGUACUUUCUCAGCGAGGACGCUCAGGAACGGGUGAGAAAAGUCGUCUCGUCCUUGAAGAAAGCGGAGAACCAACGUCUAGAUGAGAUGACCAUCACGAAAAGAGUGGACAUGGCCGACCGUCUUUGGUAUUUCCUUCUCGCCUGGAUAUUUAUCGUCGCUGUUACUCGCGCCAACGUUCAAAGCAAAGUAAGAUGUUCCGAACGUUCAAUGGAAGUUGACAUUGUCAGAAGUAGUCCUCAGGCAAGGAUAUAUCUCCAACAACUUAAGGACUAUCCAGAUGCAACCUGCAAGCCGCAACUCAGCGAUGGAGUCGCAACGUUCAGAUUAUCAUUAUUAGAACAAGACAUGCUACGAUGCGGCAUCACGAGGGUCGUUAAUAAAGUUACGGGUCAGAAGGUGUACUAUCAUCGGAUAAUAGUGGAGGAGCCGGCGGAUUCCAGCAAGCACACCUUCACGGUAAAAUGUGUUAUCACCGAAGUAGUCGUGCAACCUGGAGACGCUAUCGCAGCCAAUCACACGACGGUACGACGGAGCGUCCUUCCGGAAGGAUUUCAAGAGCAGGACAUCAUCGAAGUUCGAGGUGAAAUAUCAGUCUCGGCACCCGUUCCUAUUCUGGGCGUGGGUGUGAAACAAGGUGGGACUUUGGUUACCGGUGAACUCAAUGUCAGUCCUGGUACCCCUUUGCAGAUGGAGAUAUUUCUGGACAAUGAGUCAGCACCGAUCUAUGGACUGUUAGUAACUUAUAUGCAAGUUACCGACACGAAGACUCAAGAGGAGACGAUAAUCAUUAACGGAUGUUCGGUGGAUCCAUAUCUCUUCGAGAACUUCUACACCGUGAAUGGUGAUUUUCUUACCGCAAAGUUCCGUGCUUUCAAGUUCCCUGAGAGUACCUACGUUCAGUUCCGUGGUACUGUUAAUGUCUGUCUAGACAAAUGUCUAGGGAUCGAAUGUAGUAACGGACAAAUAGGCUUCGGUAGGAAGAAAAGAGCAAUAGCAUCGUCGAACACGGAUAAGAAUAAAUUGUUCGAGGUGACCAUGUCUACUCUCAUCAAGGUCGACUUCGAGGACGACGUAAUGAUAGAUCAAGUUCUAUCGGAGUUCAUACGAAAGGGUAAAAACAGAACCGAGGAGAGAGCAGUGAUCGCUGAAGAAGAACAGUCAUCUCCGACGACGGUCGGAACGGAGGAGAGACCAGUCAUAGCAGAAGAGGUCAGAGAACAGUUCAAAUAUAAGCUCACCGAGAUAGAGACUAAUGCUGCUGUUUCGUCUACCAUCGCGACGACCUUUGAACUCUUCGUCUUCUUCCUCGCUCCUCUCUACGCUAUCCUGUAGAACGGAAAGAAAGUAUUACAUUAAUUGUAAAUAGGACGAAACUCGGGAUACCUAAGUUUUCAAGUGAAAUUUAAUCUUAAGGUGGAACUUACUCUUUUUUUUUUCCUUUUUAAUUUUUUUUCUUUUUUUUUUUUUUUUUACGAAAUACAUACGAUAGACACGAAAGGGUUUAUAAUUAUUAAGGGUUUAAGCGUUUUGAAGAGGACAAGUCAUAUGUGACGCCUAAUAAUUUUUUCGUUUCAACUAUUUUCUUUUUCUUUUUUUUUUUUUCUUAUUUUCUCAGUAAACACGAAUUAUACUAUACAGUAUCGUAUAAAAGAGUGUAUUUGAAUUAUAAUAGGCGUUCAAGGUGAUGACAUAACGCUCUUCAGCGAUACUAGACGAUUUUGUGUGAUAAUGAAAAAUAAAUAUCGUUUAAAUGACAGUGAUAAAGGGAUGUUGGAAUCGCGUUAAGGGAAGAAUUUUCAUUUAAGUACAUAUAUAUAUAUAUAUAGAUAUAUAUGUGUGUGUGUAUAUAUAUGUACUUAUAUAAUAAAAACUCACGAUAUUUCUCCGUUCUGCGACUGCCGAAUUUUCUUCUAUCAUUUCCUUUUCUUUUUUUUUUCUUUUUUGUUAAACAAUCCUUACAUUUAAAUGUACCUACUCUAUCUACGAUCAAUCGUUCCAAGAAAAUUGGCCUUUGCGAGCGGAGAAAACUGAAAAACCUAGUCGUGCGACGGGGUAUAAUAUUUUAACGUGACUUAAUUAUUAUACGAUAUUAAUUAUGGCUAACUAUUAUUGGUAUAAUUAUAGCUUAACUGUAACAUAAGUCAAAAUAAAGCGAAGGCUGAUACGACGAUUUAAAUACUA